AAUUACAGGGUAAUGACACAAUGGUUGGAGCGCGAGGGAUUCAGUUAUCGGGUGGUCAGAAGCAACGUGUAGCAAUUGCAUGUUUCAUCAUAAAGAAACCCAAGAUUUUGCUACUUGAUGAAGCAAGUAGUGCAAUGGAUGUUGAAUCUGAAAGAAUAGUUCAAGAUGCUCUAGAUCGAGUUAUGGUCAAUAGAACCACAAUAGUCAUUGCUCAUCGACUGUCUACAAUUAGAGGUGCUGACACUAUUGCUGCAGUUAAGAAUGGUAUGGUCGCAGAGAAAGGGAGGCAUGAGGCUCUGAUGAAUUUUGAGGAUAGGGUUUAUGCCUCCUUGGUAGCACUUCACUCUAGUUCUACUUCAUAGUAAACAUCAUUUUGCACUGACAACUUUAUCAGGUUAAGUUUUGUUUUCAUUGUUUCUUUAGAUGACUCAUGU